AUGUGGCUUGGAGUUGGGGAUCUCUUGUCUUUAGAGGAAUUUCUAUAUUUCUUCUAUAAUUGUGCGAAGAUUAAUUGUCUUUCUAAGAGAGCCAUCUUGUCGGUAGUUUGGCUUGCGACGAUUUGGACUUUGAGGAAUUUCUAUAUUUCUUCAAAUGAAGGAAUUCAAAAUGAAAGGUACAAUCAAGGAAGCCCUACUGCUAGGGUUUGUACUGAGUGUCAAACUACCUCUACCCCACUUUGGAGGAGUGGCACCGUGGGUCCUAAGACACUUUGCAAUGCUUGUGGAAUUAGGCAGAGGAAGACAAGAAGGGCUGCUGUAGAGGCGGCUGAUAAUAGUUUGGGACAUGGCAAAGCGAAAGAAGAGAAACUUCUUGUGAACAAAUGUACACAAUUCAAGAAGAACAAGACUUCUUCAACUUCAACUAGUACUGUUGCUGUUGCUGCUGCUGCUACUACUACGACUACUAAUGAUAGUAGCUUAUCUGAAGAGAUGAUGGAGAGACUUGAUUUUUUCUUAACAAAGGUGAGGAAAAAAUCGGGUUUCGAGUCUACUACUGAGGAAGUAGCUGAUACAACUCUACUUCUAAUGGAUAUAUCUUGUGGUUAUGUUUACCCUUGA